AUUUGAAUCAAGCUUGCAUUUCACGAAAAGACAGGCAGAGUUCCUGGCAUUGAAUCUAUUGUAAGUUCAUCACUACUUCACGUACAACAUAAAUAAAUUAAUUCGAAGAUGAGCAAUGUAUCUGCUACCACAUCAGAAAGUUCCCGGUACCAUGAGAACACCUUUAGAGAGACCUAUGAAUUGGAAAAAAAUCUCAUAGUUGACAAAGAUAACGAUGCGAUUUGUGAUGGCUUCAAAGAAACAUUAACAGUCAGUGUUAGAAGCUUAAUCAGGGAACUGGAAAGAAAUAAAAACUACUUUGAAAAUUCUACUGACUUUUCAAUUUACACAGGAACUACGGGAAUAGCAAACUUGUAUUACCAUUAUGGCACAAAUUAUAAAGACCAAUCUUACAUUGAUAGAGCUGCGGAAAUGAUUGAAAAAAGUCUAAGCAGUUUGAAAACUUCUAAGAGGGUGAUUACAUUUUUGUGUGGAAGUGCAGGUCCGUUAGCCUUAGGGGCAGUUAUUAAUCACUUGCAUUUUUCCAAAGAUAAAUCGCGCUCAAUGAUCUCAGACUUAGCGGGAUUAUCAAAGCACGUUAUUGGCAAAAAUAGCGAUUGUCCCGACGAAUUACUUUAUGGACGUGCUGGCUAUCUUUACUCACUACUGUUUGUUAACAACCGUAUAACUCCCCCACCUUUUGAGACAAGCCUCAUCAAACAGGUGAUUGGAUGCAUUUUAAAUUCUGGCCAAGUCACUGCCAAGGCUGUACGCUGCAAAUCUCCGUUGCACUACUCUUGGCACGAUAAACUUUAUCUGGGAGGUGCGCAUGGCUUAGCUGGAAUAUUAUUUUUAUUACUUCAGGCAGUUCCAUACCUGACAGAGUAUCAGCUCAAGGAACAGAUAGAACCAGCUAUAUGCUACCUCAUAAAGAUGAGAUUUGCUUCUGGCAAUUUCCCGUCUUCUGUUGGCAAUCAGUCAGAUAAAUUGGUUCACUGGUGCCAUGGAGCCCCUUCGAUGACUAUGCUUUUUUGUCAAGCCUAUCAGGUCUUUGCGAAUCCGGAAUAUCUUCGAGUCGCUUUAGAAUGCGGAGACGUAGUAUGGUCUAGAGGACUUUUGAAGAAAGGGUAUGGAAUAUGUCACGGUGUUGCAGGAAAUGCUUAUACGUUUUUGUAUCUCUACCAAACAACCAAAUCAUUUAAUUUUAUAGGAGAUCAGACACUUGUACAGAGCUUGCAAGUUUGCAGAAUGGUGCAUGGAUUACGGUAAACAUCAAAACAGGACCCCGGAUCGACCAUUUUCAUUAUUUGAAGGACUGGCAGGUACGAUUUACUUUCUCAUUGAUGUUCAGAAGCCAUUGUUGGCCAAGUUCCCUGCGUAUGCCAUAUGAUUGAAUAAGAACCUGUUCCUCAACGAAGUAAGCUUGUUGCCGACGAUAUUUAUUU